ACUGGCUGUGUUCAUCACAUCUCAUCUCAUCAACUCAUCUUGAAUUGACAACUGAGAUCACGACCGGCCAUGAACAAAAGCUCACAAGGCGAUCUUCUCGAAGCAAAGACAAGCCAAUCAGCACCCUGCUGCCGCUUCAUUCUGAGACGCCGCUCCAAGACCAAGUGAAACGCUCGGCAAGUGGAGAUUCGCAGCGCGUCGAGAGAAACGGCUUCUGUCCCAACGGUUUUGAUAUCAAAAGAAAAACGAUCUGCACAAUCGCUUGGCCGGCGUCAACUUCUCCAGGUGCCGCAUUCUGACUUCAUCAUCUGUUCCUCCGGACGAGGGGUAAAAAAGGUUAAACGGGGGACCCUGAAGAUCUGUUCUCGGUUUGUGCCGCUCACCGACUUUACUCUCUCGAUACGAGCAGGUGGUGCACAGUCAGGUCACAGUCAUUUUUCAUUGCGGAGAGCCAUCGACAUUACGGCCUAGGUAGAGCAUAAAUUGAACCCGUAAUAACUCAAUCUCGACAAAAAAAGAGGCCUAGCUCCAGCACAAGAACCCCUGAGCGGCUCCAGGACAGGCGGUGAACAGCCAAUGAAGUGAAAGUCGACCCCCCCUGAUGCUGUGGUACCUGUGGGGGCUGCCAUCUUGUGCCGCUAGGCCCGACCUGGCUCGCAUCACCGGGGGCUGGCUUUCCUUCAAGAUGUUGCCCCUUCCCCGUGUUGUUUUCUGCGACCUGCUUCUCCUCCUGAGCCACCAUCUCGUGUUUCCGUUGUUGGGAACCAAGCCAGCCUCUUCAGGUCAAAACCAUCUUGCAUACCAACUGGCAGGAACGGGCCUUCCUGUCAUUCUAGUCACUCCUUUGACACAACAUUUUGAACCACUAUUUGCUUUGAGCAACUUGUUUUGCUCGUACUCGCUCCACGCGCGCGCAGACAAAACCCAGACAACCAAGUUUUCUAACCACCACAUUCCAACUUUUUCCGAGUUCCAACCUUUCAAACCCAACCUGUCUCAGUAAUACUAACUAAAGCCCCCGCAACCAUGCUUAUGCAAUCCGCGCUCCUGGCGCUCGGCGCCACCGCCGUCGCCGCCCUCCAGCCCCUCGAGGUAAAGGGCCAGGACUUCGUCAACCCCAAAACCGGCAACCGCUUCCAAAUCGUCGGCAUGGCCUACCAGCCCGGCGGCUCGGCGGGAUACGACCCCAAGAAGAAGCGCGACCCCCUCUCGGACCCGGACGUCUGCAUGCGCGACGCCGCCCUCCUCCAGAUCCUCGGCGUCAACGCCAUCCGGGUCUACAACCUCAACCCCGACCUCAACCACGACGAGUGCGUCUCCAUCUUCAACGCCGCGGGGAUGUACAUGCUCCUCGACGUCAACUCCCCCAUGCCGGGCGAGGCCCUGACCUCGUUCGAGGUCUACAAGUCGUACUACGCCUCGUACCUCAACCGCACCUUCGCCGUCGUCGAGGCCUUCAAGGACUACCCCAACACCUUGGCUUUCUUCUCCGGAAACGAGGUCAUUGACAAGGAGGAGACGACCGAGUUUGUUCCUUCCUACGUCCGCGCGGUCACUCGCGACUUGAAGAAUUACAUCAAGAACUGGUCUGACCGCAAGAUCCCCGUGGGUUACUCUGCCGCUGAUGUGCGCGAGGUUCUGUGGGAUUCGUUCAACUACUUUACCUGCUCGCUUCAGGGCGACAAGGACGACAUGUCGAUGGGCGACCUCUUUGCGCUCAACUCGUACUCUUGGUGCGGCGACUCGUCGUUUACGGAGUCGUCGUUUGACAAGCUGGUGGAGGGCUUUGAAAACACCCCCGUGCCCGUCUUCUUUUCCGAGUUUGGGUGCAACACCCCCUCCCCUCGCAUCUUCACCGAGAUCGGCAGCAUUUACGGCGCGGACAUGUACGACGUUUUUGCCGGCGGUAUCGUGUACGAGUACACCCAGGAGCCUAACAACUACGGCCUUGUCAACAUGACCGAGGAGGGCCCGGCUACCCUGAUGAGCGAUUUCUACUCUCUCCGGGAUCAGUAUGCGAAGCUUGACUUUAAGAAGCUGCAGAGCUUGAAGCCAAAGGGCAGCACGCCUAAGCCGGUGAGCUGCAGUCCCAAACUGAUCACGGUUGAUGGGUUCCAGAACAACUUUACGCUGCCGGUGCUGCCUCCGGGGGCGAAGGAGAUGAUUGACAAUGGAAUUGAGAACAAGCCGAAGCCGGGGAAGCUGGUGGAGAUCAAGGACUGGAAGGUCAAGUAUGAGGUUCGGAACGCGGACGGGACGGUGAUUAAGGAUUUGGCUGUUAAGCCUUUGGCGGAUGAUGAGGUUAAUGCCCCCGGUUCCAACACUGCUAACCUCAGCGCUGGGUCUGGGUCUUCUGGAUCUUCCGGCUCGCAGGGCAGCACCAACGGUGGUGAUGGUGAUGACAAGGAGAACAGCGCUGCUGGCCAUGGGGUCGGUGGUGGUGUCUUGGCUCUCGUGAUGGGUGUUGCUGCUUUGGUUGCUGCUUUCUAAAGUGGAUUUAACCUGUCAUCAUGUUUGUUUGGCUUUUUUUCUGGUGGAAACUUUUGGUCGGCUAUGAUGAUACCUGUUGUGUGUGUGUGUGUGUGUGUGGUAUAGUUGGUUUUUUAGAGGAGGAGGGGGGGGGAGGAGCAGGAAGUUGUUUGUAUCUAAUGCUUGGUGUGUUUUUUUCUUUUCUUCUUUCUGGCACAAAACACAAGUUGAAAAAAAAAAAACGAUGGGAACACACACCGUAUGAUACCCCUGUUUUGCGCCGUUGUUUUCUUUUUGAAGCGUGGAGCCUGGUUGAUAGAGGGGUUGGAUGGGGGUGGUUUGUUGUAUAUAUUUCGUUUCUGCAAUUUGUGGUGGAGAGAUUGAUUUUCUGUUGUAUGAAGGUGGAUUCUGUCGAUAUUUCUGAUGGUGGCGGCGGUUGGAAAUGGAGGUUGCACAAAAGAAAGUUAAAGUUGCCUGGGGAGAUUUUAAAGAUGAUGAUUCUGGUAACGAGCUGUGUUGGUUUAGAGUAGAAGAAGAGGAAGAAAGAAUGUAUAUCAUGUGUACCGUACCCC